AUGAUACCAGAAUACAUCUCCAGCCUGCAUGUACAUGAAGUUUUGGAACCACGAAAUAUUGAAAUUAUUUCCCCGGGCACUAUUCGCCUCUUUCAUCUCAGGCAGGUUUCUAUUUAUUUAUAUCAGCUGCGCAAUGUAAUGAAAGAAGUAGACGAAUGUCGGGACAAUCUUGUCUCGAGACGAAAUGAAACGUGCAUUUCUCCGUAUCGUUGUAUGCUCGGUCUCAAAACCAUCAAUAUGACUGAAUGGGUGAUCGCCUCAAACACUUGGAUUGUUUUAUAG